AUGACCAAUCUAGCACCUAUCCAACAAAAUAAUUUUGAAUUCCCAUUCUCUAAAAGGUGGUCUUCGCUUGGAAUGAAUUAUGACAACUGUCCAUAUUACAAUAUCACGCAGUACAGAAAUCUUAUUGAUCACUUGGGUCAAAAUGAUUUCAUUUGGCGGCCGUAUCUUGGUCUAGAAGCCUUUCAUGAAGUUGAACGACAAGACUCUGCGGCGUGGAGUGCAAAUGUGCCGAUUAUCAACUUCACCACCGUGGAAAUGCACAACAGUGAUCAUGUGAAACUUCAAUUUGGAAUGCUUCAAGAUAUUCCAUGUCCGCCAAAGUGCAUCCCCGACAAAUAUCACACCAGUAAAGUCUUCGACUAA